AUGGCAACCCUUCUAAAACUAGGACGGGGUGAUGCCCGGCUCUUCUUUCCGGUUCGUCCUCCCCAUGUGGUCGGCUCGGUACUAACAAUCGCCUCUAGGGAGAGCUUCGACAAUAUUUACCUUGAUCUUUCGAAACAGCCCGGAAAAUGCAAGCUGGCUGAAAGUGGCCUGGGAUGGCGUCCGUCCGGUGGCGGCGACACCUUCACCCUGGACAGCAGCAACAUUGGCGCCGCUCAGUGGAGUCGCGCCGCUAAAGGAUUCGAGUUGAAGAUACUGUCGCGGUCGUCUGGUGUUAUUCAGAUGGAUGGGUUUGAUCAAGAGGAUUUUGAGCGCCUGAGUAAGGCUUUUAAAAUUUGGUACGGCAUCAACAUUGAGACCCGCGAACACGCUCUUCGUGGAUGGAAUUGGGGUAAAGCAGAGUUCACCAAGGCCGAAUUAUCCUUCAAUGUUCAAAAUCGGCCCGCGUUCGAAGUCCCUUACUCCGAAAUCUCCAACACCAACUUAGCAGGCAAGAAUGAGGUGGCGGUGGAGUUUGCUCUCUCUGCGACUGAGGCCAAUGGGGCCAACGCACAGCCUGCGGGCAGCACACAGAACCGGGGCCGGAAGGCGGCUGCCGGCCCCGACGAGUUGGUGGAGAUGCGAUUUUAUAUUCCUGGCACGGCCGUGAAGAAGGAGAAGGCUGAAGGUGCCGAAGGCGAGGAGGAAAACGAGGAAGAGGUCGAGGAGCAGAAUGCGGCCAACCUCUUCUAUGAGACACUCAUGGACAAGGCCGAGAUUGGAGAUGUCGCUGGCGAUACUUUCGCAACUUUCUUGGACGUUCUUCACCUCACACCUAGAGGCCGCUUCGAUAUCGACAUGUACGAAUCUUCCUUCCGCCUGCGCGGUAAGACAUACGACUACAAGAUUCAGUAUUCUGCCAUCAAAAAGUUCUUCUUGCUCCCCAAGAAUGAUGAUGCCCACACUCUCAUUGUUCUUGGCCUGGACCCCCCUCUGCGCCAGGGUCAGACUCGAUACCCUUUCCUGGUGAUGCAAAUGAAGCUGGAUGAGGAGAUUAGCCUCGAAUUAAAUAUGACCGAGGAGCUGUUGCAAACGCAAUAUAAGGAUAAGCUGCAGUCACAUUACGAGGAGCCUAUUCACCAAGUGGUGACGAAGAUCUUCCGUGGUCUAUCCGGCAAGAAGGUUAUUAUGCCGUCCAAGGACUUUGUCAGCCACCAUGGCCACCAUGGCGUUAAGUGCUCUAUCAAGGCCAACGAGGGUCUGCUCUACUUCCUGGACAAAAGUCUUAUCUUUGUUCCCAAGCCCGCCACCUAUGUCCAGCUUGAGAGUGUCGCUGUGGUCACAAUGUCGCGUGUUGGCGGUGCUAUCUCUGCCAGCCGGACUUUCGAUAUCACGGUUAGCCUGAAGGGUGGCGCGGGUGAGCAUCAGUUCAGUAACAUCAACCGUGAGGAGCAACAACCUCUGGAAGACUUUUUCAAGGCGAAGGGUAUUCGGAUCAAGAACGAGAUGUCGGAUGACUCCUCCACGUUGCUCAAGGCGGCACUCGACAACGAAGACCUGAUGGAAUCCAGUGACGAAGAGGGCGUACGGGCGGACCGUGGCUCGGCCGACGAAGAUGAGGAGUCUGUGGAUGAAGAUUUCAACGCUUCUUCUGACUCGGACGUUGCAGAAGAGUAUGACUCGGCGCACGAGAGCAGCGGCAGCGGCAGUGAUGCCGAGAUGGGCGAGGCCGAUGACGACGACGACGACGCAGAUGUUGGAUCCGACGCUGACGAGGAGACUCGGCCGAAGAAGAAGAGUAAGACAGGCAAAUAG